GGAGAGCGGAGCUCCGCCAGCGGACCAGGGGAGAGCGAGCGAGCGAGGUGAGGAACUCCAGCAGCCCCAGGAGAGCGAGAGCCGGACCGGCUGGACCCCCGGAGGAGGACCCGAGAGGGAACAGAGUUGCCACGGGAGAGGCCUCAGUCCAGGGCUGCAGGAUGUUCACGUCAGUGAAGGCCUUCGAGGGGCAGCAGUACUCCACCCUGAAGAGGCAGUGCUUGCAGAGUGGCCUCCUCUUUGAGGACCCCCGUUUCCCCGCUACUGACGACUCGCUGUUCUACCAGGGCAACAGGAUUGGACGCGUGGUGUGGAAGAGACCUCGGGAGCUGUGUGAGGACCCUCACCUAUUUGUCGAUGGCAUCAGUGCGCACGAUUUGCACCAGGGACAGCUAGGUAACUGCUGGUUCGUGGCGGCGUGUUCCAGUUUGGCCUCCAGAGAGUCACUGUGGCAAAAAGUCAUUCCAGACUGGAAGGAGCAGGAGUGGGAUACGGAGAAGCCAGACUCGUACGCAGGGAUUUUCCACUUCCGCUUCUGGCGCUUUGGUGAGUGGGUGGAUGUGGUGAUUGACGACCGGUUACCAACGGUGGACAACCAGCUGGUGUACUGCCACUCCAACGACAGCAAUGAGUUCUGGAGUGCCCUGGUGGAGAAGGCCUACGCCAAGGUUUACGGCUGCUACGAGGCUCUGGACGGAGGGAACACGGCCGACGCACUGGUCGACUUCACUGGCGGUGUCUCGGAGCCUGUGGACCUGCUGGAGGGUCAGAUGGCCACGGAUGAAGCCGCCCGCAACCAACUUUUUGAACGAGUUCUCAAAGUACACAACAGAGAUGGACUCAUCAGCUGCUCCAUCAGGGCGACGACAAUAGAGGACAUGGAGGCUCGGCUGGACUGUGGCCUGGUGAAAGGCCACGCUUAUGCCGUAACGGACGUACGGAAAGUGAGGCUAGGUCACGGACUGCUGGCCUUUUUCAAAUCAGAGAAGCUGCACAUGAUCCGCAUGCGGAACCCGUGGGGAGAGAAGGAGUGGAGCGGCCCCUGGAGCGACAGUUCGGAGGAGUGGAACAAGGUGAGCAAGAGCGAGAGAGAGAAGCUGGGCGUCACCGUGCAGGACGACGGCGAGUUCUGGAUGACGUUUGACGACUUCUGCCAGUACUUCACCGACCUCAUCCUGUGUCGCCUCAUUAACACUUCCUACCUGAGCAUCCACAAAACCUGGGAGGAGGAGGUGAUGAGGGGAUCCUGGGUCCACCGGCAGGAUCCUCUCCGCAACCGGUCGGGCGGUUGCAUCAAUCACAAAGCUACCUUCCUGCAGAACCCUCAGUACGUGUUUGAUGUGAAGAAGGUGGAGGACGAGGUGCUGAUCUGCUUGCAGCAAAAAGAAAAGAGAGCCACACCCAAAGAGGGCAAAGGGGAAAACCUGGCUAUAGGCUUUGAUAUUCACCGGUGGCAUUUUCUCAUCUUGCAGGUGGAGCUAAAUCGGAAGUACCGUAUGCACUCAGCCCAGCAGAAAGUAGCGGGCUCCAUCUACAUCAACUCGCGCUGCGUCUUCCUCAGGAAGGAGCUGAAGGAGGGCCGCUACGUCAUCAUCCCCACAACCUUUGACCCGGCGCAGCAGGGCGACUUCCUGCUGCGUGUUUUUACUGAUGUGCCUUCAGACUGCAAAGAGCUGACUCUAGACGAGCCUCCUCAGACAUGUUGGACAGGGAUGUGUGGCUACCCUCAGCUGGUCACUCAGGUCCAUGUACUGAACGCUGAGGGUCUGCAGGGACAGGACUCCAACGGAGCUGUCAAUCCCUACGUGAUCAUCACCUGUGAAGGAGAGAGGGUUCGUUCGCCAGUUCAUAAGGACAUGCGGUGCCCAAACUUCGACAUCAAAGGCCUGUUUUAUCGCAAGAAACCCAAAGAGGGCAUCCACAUCGAGAUCUACAACAGGAACAUGAUCGUGGACACCUUCCUGGGUCAGGUGAUCCUGUUCAGCGACCCCAACGAGCGGCAGGAGCAGCACACGCUUCACCUCCGCGACAAGGGCAACCGCCAGGACAACGACCUCCCGGGCACGCUCACUGUGCGCCUCAUCACCUCCACCACGCUCACCAACAUCUGAUGACUUUGUGUAUGCCGUUGUAAUGAUCAACGCUCAAAAGUUCAAUCAUCCUCCAAACAUCGCAGGAGCUCACUGUGCCGCUCGCUCUCUCUUUGUUUCUCUCAUCAUUUCCCCCUGUUUUCCUCUGCAUCGGUGUUUGAAUUCUACUCUCUUUCAAGUGUAUUUGAAGGACUACACCUUUAUUUCCUCACUGAGGUCCUGACUGAACAAUACCUACCAAAAUCGGCCUUCAUUUAGUGUUUCUUCACAACAUGAUAUUUGUUCUUAAAUCAUGUCUGAGCUUCAGUCGAGUUGAUUUUUAAAGGUGCAAAAUGCAAAACUUUGAGUGCCAACGUGUCAGACCAAAGCUUGCGUGAUCGUGUGCCCUCACGUACAUCAUUUACAUCAAGGUAAUUAUGAGUCCAGGAUGAGAAGGCAGCAGAACUGAAGGUUUGUUGUCACCAGGAUAUUUUGAAGUACUUUCUUCUUGGGAUCAAAAUCGCUUUUUCAUGUCUGAUUCCAAUUUCACAGCCUUGAGUAUGUAUCUUGAGUUGUCUUUUAUCUGAAAAU